AUGCGACAUGUUGCAAAUGACCCUAAAAGUCGUGAAGAUUUGGAAGUGCGUGCAGCUGCUGGUGAUUUGCUUGAGAGUUUUACGGCAGACGUGUGCACUGUGCCGGAUUUACUCGUCUUACUGGAUGAAUGUGCAGAAGCCAUCGACGAAGAGUCGCGACAUCGUCUUGAGGAGAAAAUAUUGAAACUCAUAGAAGAGGACUUGGCUGCGGAAGAGUAUAGCGUAGAAGAAGCGCAAGUUUAUCGUAGACUUUUGCAAGAGUACAUCUUAAAGUGGUCUGAGCCCGGAUGCUGCGUUCGCUUAGACUUCAACUCUAUUAGCGCCUGCACUAUAAUUCGCUACUUGGAGUCUGUUGCUUCUUCUCUGAUGGAUUGGAAGUUGCUGGCUGGUUUGAUAGAGGACGCUAAAAACAACGUCGUUUUACCUUCAGCCUUGGAACAGCUAGUCCCAGAUUUUGCGUUGUUGUUGGAUUGUCACUACACUUCUGUCAUGCUUGCGCAGCCACAUUCUAAACCUGUGCCCUACAUAAAAGUUGCUUCUCCUCUUCGCUGCGACCAGCUUGUUGAAGGUUUGCUCACUGGGUCUGAGGAUUCCGUGUCUACCGAGCAAAUCACCACUGCUUUGUUAUCACACAUGAACCAACAACAUGAAGCCUUUCUCGCUCGAGUGUUUUGGAACAGGCUGGAUAGUAAUACACAUGCUCUUUUGACGAGUUUCUGGAAAGCUGCUGAACUAUGUGUGAGACGGAAAACUCACUUGUUGCUGCUUCACAAUAUUCGGGUUCUUCUCGAAUAUCGCCGCUCGCUGAUGCCAUCUAGUGAACACGAAUUUCAAAUCACGCUGUAUUCUGCAGUUUCCACUAUGCUUCAUCAAACGGCGCGCAGUCAGUCUAAAAUGCUCGAUGGAAUGUUCCGUCUAAUAGCCGAAUUGGACACCUUCUCCGCUGCAGAACUUCUGCUUUUGCAGUACAGUGUAACUGAUGAUGUGGAUGAUGUUUCCGAUGCCGCAAAAGAGCUCUUUGAUCUUUGUGUUGAAGAUCUUUGUUCAAGAGGAACAGUUUCGGUAGAUGCUUGUCAUAACCUAGUACCUGCCAGAAUGCUGGAUUGCGAUCAGACUGUGCAUGUUGCUUACGACUACUGUCGCCUUGUUCUGAGUGACCCAAGAUUGGACUCAUUAGAUGUAUUCCGUAGCUGUCUGCACAUACUCUCCUGCAAGGCUUUCAGAGGUCGCUACCUCUACUUUGCCGACGAGGUCGAACAUAAGUCUCAUAGCGUCAGCGACAUCAUUUCACAGUGGAUUGUACCACUGUACAAUGAACUUCUGCCCUCAUCAGAAAAUUUGAACGAUUUCGAUUCAUCAGAUAAUGGUGUCGAAGAGCAGGAUCCAAUCGAAAUCUUAUUGCACACAAUCGGCAAACAUGCAUGUUGCAUUCCCAAGCUCUGCCUGAUGAUGCUGCCACAUGAAUUAGCUUUGCAUGGCACACUUCCGGAUAAGGCUAUCGAGUCCGUGUUCGAUUAUGCAAUAGUUGCUAUCCAAUCAGGUUUGGUGCAGAAGUUACAUUAG